AUGUUUGCAUGUUUGUUUGCAGCCCAUGUACAACUGGCAGGCUAGCAAGACCACAGUGAAGGACAGACUUGCCUACAUGUUUAACAAUGAAGUGAUGAGCGAUGUGCACUUCAUCGUGGGCCGCGGUGAAGGGAUGCAGAGGAUCCCUGCACACAAGUUUGUGUUGGCCAUUGGUAGUGCAGUGUUUGAUGCCAUGUUUAACGGGGGCAUGGCCACCACUUCAGCUGAAGUAGAGCUGCCAGACGUAGAGCCUGCUGCUUUCCUUGCUCUCCUACGUUUCCUUUAUUCCGACGAAGUUCAGAUUGGACCAGAAACUGUCAUGACUACGCUUUAUACUGCGAAAAAGUAUGCCGUUCCUGCCUUAGAGUCGGCAUGUGUGGACUUUCUUAAGAAGAAUUUGAGCAGCGACAACGCCUUCAUGCUCCUGACCCAGGCCCGUCUGUUUGAUGAGCCACAACUGGCCCAGCUUUGCCUGGAGACGAUUGACAAGAACACUUCAGAAGCUCUUGCAGCGGAGGGUUUCGUGGACAUUGACUUGGACACGCUGAAUGUGGUCCUGGAGCGAGACACCCUGGGAAUCCGCGAGUGCAAGUUAUUCGUCGCCGUUGUCAGGUGGGCCGAGCACGAGUGCCAGAGACAGCAGCUGGCCGCCACCCCGGAAAACAAGCGCCGUGCGCUGGGACAGGCCCUGCGCCUCAUCCGCUUUCCUCUCAUGACCAUCGAAGAGUUUGCCUCCGGUCCGGCGCAGUCCGGGAUCCUGACGGACCGAGAGGUCGUCAGUCUAUUUCUACACUUCACGGUGAACCCCAAACCUCCGGUGGAAUUCCUGGACUCACCGCGGUGCUGUCUGACAGGGAAGGAGCAGACCAUCAACCGCUUCCAGCAGGUGGAGAGUCGCUGGGGGUACAGUGGGACCUCUGAUCGCAUCAGGUUUGUGGUGAACAGACACAUCUUUGUUGUUGGGUUUGGUCUGUAUGGAUCCAUUCAUGGACCCACUGACUACCAAGUCAACAUCCAGAUUAUCCAGACAGACUCGGGGACUGUGCUGGGGCAGAACGAUACUGGGUUCAGCUGUGACGGCUCAGAUGCCACCUUCCGCGUGAUGUUUAAGGAACCUGUGGAGAUCCAACCCAACGUCAGCUACACCGCUUGUGCAACUCUCAAGGGUCCUGAUUCUCAUUAUGGAACAAAAGGCAUGCGGAAGGUCAUCCACGAGUCGCCAAGCAGCGGUAAGGUCAUUUUCCAGUUCACGUACGCUGCCGGCAACAACAACGGGACAUCAGUGGAGGAUGGACAGAUCCCAGAAAUCAUCUUCUACACGUAAGGGACUAAGAUAGACGCUAUGAAGGGUGUGCCCAGGUCGGGACUGCUUCAUCAAGUGGUUAGUGUUGUGGGACUGGGAAGACCAUCUGGUGUCUAUAACAGUUUACUUGUCAAGUAAACCAUGUAUUAUUGUCAUGAGUGAGCUGCAUUGUUUAGCUUGUAUAUUUCAUUGAAUACCAUAUAGUAUCACUAAGUAGUUCAACAGUGUUGUGUUAAGUGGUAAGCUAAGAAUGCAGCAGUUUUGACUGUCAGUCUCGGUGCAUACUUGUAUAAUGUUGUGUCACAUUGUUGCAUCAUGUUAAACUGCUACUCCAAAUGUAGUAUCUCAGUGAAUGAGUCUGAACACACUUCCUGUAUU